GAUCUCCGCCUCCUCUCCCCGGCUGAUUCCGGCACCGUUUGUGACAGCGCCUCCUGACUCAGCCCCUGGCCGGCUUCUUGUUUCGAUCCGCCGGGACCCCGAGGCGGCCCCCUCCACCCGCCGGCUCGCAGCCCCGGGUCCUGAGCGCUCGGCGAAAGCGGGGAGCCUUGCUGCCUCCUCCGCGCUGAUGCUGAGGGACCUCGGGCCCGGGGUGGCCGCCGCGUUCGGGCCUCAGGCGCUACACUUAGGCCCGCCGCGGGUGGUGUAUGUUCCUAACGCGCCCCGGCUUGGAUGGCCCGCCCUGCCCGAUAAAUGUGGCUGCUGAGGCGGCGGUGGCGGUGGCCGGUCCCGCUGCUGCGAAGCUCCUACUUCACCUCCGCUCCGGGGCUCUCCCGCCCCACCUCGGGGCUGCGGCCGCCGGCUCCCGAUACCCUGACGCUGGCCUUGCAGCGUGGCGACAAUGGACAAGAUCCUGGAGGGGCUGGUGAGCUCUUCGCACCCGCUGCCCCUCAAGCGGGUGAUCGUGCGGAAGGUGGUGGAAUCGGCCGAGCACUGGCUGGACGAGGCGCAGUGCGAGGCCAUGUUUGACUUGACGACCCGGCUCAUCCUGGAGGGCCAGGACCCUUUCCAGCGGCAAGUGGGGCACCAGGUGCUAGAGGCCUACGCGCGGUACCACCGGCCAGAGUUUGAGUCCUUCUUCAACAAGACCUUCGUGCUGGGCCUCCUUCAGCAAGGCUAUCACUCGCUGGACAGGAAGGACGUGGUCAUCCUGGACUACAUUCACAAUGGCCUCAAGCUGAUCAUGAGCUGCCCGUCGGUGCUGGACCUGUUCAGCUUGCUGCAGGUGGAGGUGUUAAGGAUGGUAUGCGAAAGGCCAGAGCCGCAGCUGUGUGCCCGACUGAGCGACCUGCUGACCGACUUCGUGCAGUGCAUCCCCAAAGGGAAAUUGUCCAUCACCUUCUGUCAACAGCUGGUUCGGACGAUAGGCCAUUUUCAGUGCGUGUCCACCCAGGAGAAAGAGCUGCGGGAAUACGUUUCCCAGGUAACGAAAGUGAGUAACUUGCUACAGAACAUCUGGAAGGCCGAGCCUGCCACACUGCUGCCUUCCCUGCAAGAAGUUUUUGCGAGCAUCUCUUCCACAGAUGCAUCGUUUGAACCUUCUGUAGCAUUGGCAAGCCUUGUUCAGCAUAUUCCUCUUCAGAUGAUUACAGUUCUCAUCAGGAGUCUUACCACGGAUCCAAAUGUAAAAGAUGCAAGUAUGACCCAAGCUCUUUGCAGAAUGAUUGACUGGCUGUCCUGGCCCCUGGCUCAGCAUGUGGAUACAUGGGUUAUUGCACUCCUGAAAGGACUAGCAGCUGUUCAGAAGUUUACUAUUUUGAUAGAUGUUACAUUGCUGAAAAUAGAACUGGUUUUUAAUCGACUUUGGUUUCCACUUGUGAGACCUGGUGCUCUUGCAGUUCUUUCUCACAUGCUGCUUAGUUUUCAGCAUUCUCCAGAGGCGUUCCAUCUGAUUGUUCCUCAUGUCCUUAAUUUGGUUCACUCUUUCAAAAGUAAUGGCCAGCCUUCCAGUACAGCCUUCUUAGUGCAGUUAACAGAAUUAAUACACUGUAUGAUGUAUCAUUACUCUGGAUUCCCAGAUCUCUAUGAACCUAUUCUGGAGGCAAUAAAGGAUUUUCCUAAGCCCAGUGAAGAGAAGAUUAAGUUGAUUCUCAAUCAAAGUGCCUGGACUUCUCAAUCCAAUACUUUGGCAUCUUGCUUGUCUAGACUGUCUGGAAAAUCUGAAACUGGGAAAACUGGUCUUAUUAACCUAGGAAACACAUGUUAUAUGAACAGUGUUAUUCAAGCGUUAUUUAUGGCUACAGAUUUCAGGAGACAAGUAUUAGCAUUAAAUCUAAAUGGAUGCAAUUCAUUAAUGAAAAAAUUGCAGCAUCUUUUUGCCUUUUUGGCUCAUACACAGAGGGAAGCAUAUGCACCCCGGAUAUUCUUUGAGGCUUCCAGACCUCCCUGGUUUACUCCCAGAUCACAGCAAGACUGCUCUGAAUACCUCAGGUUUCUGCUGGACAGACUCCAUGAAGAAGAAAAGAUCCUGAAAGCUCAGUCCUCACACAAGCCUUCUGAUGGCCUGGGGUUCAAUGAAGCUUCUUUCCAGGAUGGAGCCAGUAAGGCGGCUGAACUAACAGAGACCCCUUGCACAAGUGACAGUGAGAAGACUUUAAUAGAAAGAAUGUUUGGAGGAAAACUACAGACUCACGUAUGUUGUUUGAACUGCAGGAGCACCUCCCAAAAAGUAGAAGCCUUCACAGACCUUUCACUGGCCUUUUGUCCUUCCCCUGCUAUGGAAGACUUGUCUUUCCAAGAGCCAGCAUCGUUACCCAGUGCACAAGAUGGUGGCCUGAUGCAAGCCAAUGGACCUGGUCCUUCAGAAGAACCAGUGGUUUAUAACCCAGCAACAGCUGCCUUUGUCUGUGAUUCAGUUGUGAAUGAAAUAGGCAGUCCUCCUGAUGAGUUCCACUGUACUGAAAACACUUCUGUCUCUAAUGAGGCUACCAAGAUUCUUGUUAAUAAAGACGUACCUCAGAAACCCGGUGGUGAAAAUACACCUUCAGUAACUGACUUACUAAAUUAUUUUUUGGCUACAGAGAUUCUUACUGGUGACAACCAAUAUUAUUGUGAAAACUGUGCCUCUCUGCAGAAUGCUGAGAAAACUAUGCAAAUCACAGAGGAACCUGAAUACCUUAUUCUUACUCUCCUGAGAUUUUCAUAUGAUCAGAAGUAUCACGUGAGAAGAAAAAUUUUAGACAACGUGUCACUGCCACUGGUUUUGGAGUUGCCAGUUAAAAGAACUACUUCUUUCUCUUCAUUGUCAGAGAGUUGGUCUGUUGAUGUUGACUUCAGUGAUAUUAGUGAGAAUCUUGCUAAAAAAUUAAAGCCUUCCAGGACUGAAGAACCUUUCUGCCCAAAAUUGGUGCCCUACCUACUAAGUUCUGUUGUUGUUCACUCUGGCAUAUCCUCUGAAAGUGGGCAUUACUACUCUUAUGCCAGAAACAUCACAGGUACAGAGUCUUCGUAUGAGAUGUGCCCCCAGUCUGAAACUCUGGCGUUGGCACCCUCCCAGAACCAUUUCAUGGGGAGAGACAGCCCCAGUGCUGUUAUUGAACAGGAUUUGGAAACUAAGGAAAUGUCAAAAGAGUGGUUUUUAUUUAAUGACAGCAGAGUGACAUUUACUUCAUUUCAGUCAGUACAGAAAAUUACCAGUAGAUUUCCAAAGGACACAGCUUAUGUGCUUUUGUAUAAAAAACAGAACAGCACUAAUGGUUUAAGUGGUAGUAAUCCAACCAAUGGACUCUGGGUAAAUGGAGACCCACCUCUACAGAAAGAACUUAUGGAUGCUAUAACAAAAGAUAAUAAACUAUAUUUACAGGAACAAGAGUUGAAUGCUCGAGCCCGGGCGCUGCAAGCUGCAUCGGCCUCUUGUUCAUUUCGGCCCAAUGGAUUUGAUGACAAUGACCCACCAGGAAGCUGCGGACCAGCUGGUGGAGGGGGUGGAGGAGGAUUUAACACAGUUGGCAGACUCGUAUUUUGAUCUUGAGAGAAUGCAAAAUGCAUUUGGUCAAAAACCUCCAAUGCUAUGACUGUUAAAAUGUCAGACUGUAACAAAUACCAUUUCUAUUUUUUAUUUUCUGUUCAUUAGACCCUUAUACUUUAAGAAAACACAGUGCUUGUUUUUAUUUUCUUGACAAUACAUAUAUUAACAAAAUGCAUCACGGGAAAAAAAUCUACCUCUUAAAAUUCCAUUUGCAUUUAUGGUUAGAAAUGCUUGACCAAAAUGUUCAGAGGAAAGAAAUGUACCAGGUCUCUAAUUAAGCUGUGUUAAAUUUGAUAGAUGCCUUUAAAUAAUUUGUGUUCAGUUUUACUGAACAAAAAAUGUAUAAUUCCUGUAGUAUCCUUUCUAAAGUAAUUGAUGCUAGAGGUAAAAGAAAUAUUGAUUUUUAAAAAAAAGAAAGAAAAUCCUUUAUUUCCGGUGUAAUUACCCCAUUAUUAAAUUCAGCUCUUUAAAAAUACUAGAGAUGAUCCAGUCUCUUAAAAAGGCAAUAACAUGAACUUUAUCAAGCUGUAGUACUUUUCAGCACUGUCUUCAGCAUCACUGUAUCUGUAUUUCAAGUAUAAAUGUUUUUAAAAAGGAUUACUUAUACAUACGUGCUGGAUUGACUUUAAGAAAGGUGCAUGAUCUUGUAGGAGCAAUGUUUUUACCUAAAAAUUGCUAACUUUGUAGUAUUCCUAAUUGUUCAAGGAUUUUAAAAUUCUAUUUCAGGGAGUAUAUCUUGUGUAUUUUGAAGGAGGUGAGUUCUGUAUGUGCCUUGCAGUACUGUAAUUCAAAAAUAGGAAUCUUUGGCUGCAGAGAGUUUUUUAAAAAUGAAAUGUUAGGAAGUAAUUUUUGUGCUAAUAUUAUAACUUUUUGAAAGGUAUUAGAUUUUCCAGAAGUAAAAUCUGAUGGUUCUAAAUCAAUAAAUGUGGUUCGAAAUAAAAUGUGAUAGUAAAUUUUUAACUCUUAGAAAAAUUCAGAGGAAGUAAACCUACUUAAGUAAAUAAAUCUUUUUGUUUUGUUACUUCUGAAAACAUUAAACAUCAAAUAACAUAUUUA